CUGUCUGGAGCCGCGGCGCGGGCGGUCUGAGCUCCGCGAUCCCAGCCCGGGGAGAGGCGGGUGGGGCGGGGCGCGAACCUCGGGAGCGAGCCUGGUCGCCCGCCCGGCCGGCCGCGGAGACUGUCGCCAGGCGCCGAGGUUCCCAAUAAGGCUGCACAGAGGACCCCCUUAACUGUGGCAAUGGAGGGGGGCCCAGCAGUCUGCUGCCAGGACCCCCGGGCAGAGCUGGUGGAACGAGUGGCAGCCAUUGAUGUGGCCCACUUGGAGGAGGCAGGAGGUGGCCCAGAGCCUGCCAGAAAUGGUGUGGACCCUCCGCCAAGGACCAGAGCUGCCUCCGUGAUCCCCGGUGGUGCUUCAAGACCACCCCUAGGCCGGCCCAGCCUCUCAGCUAGGAAGUUCUCCCUGCAAGAGCGGCCGGCAGGAAGCUGCCUGGAGGCCCAGGCUGGGCCUUAUGCCACAGGGCCUACCAGCCACAUCUCCCCACGGGCCUGGCGGAGGCCCACCAUUGAGUCCCACCACGUGGCCAUCUCAGAUGCAGAGGACUGUGUACAGCUGAACCAAUACAAGCUGCAGAGUGAGAUUGGCAAGGGUGCCUACGGCGUGGUGAGACUGGCCUACAACGAAAGUGAGGACAGGCACUAUGCAAUGAAAGUUCUUUCCAAAAAGAAGUUACUGAAGCAGUAUGGCUUUCCACGUCGCCCUCCUCCAAGAGGGUCCCAAGCCACCCAAGGAGGACCAACCAAGCAGCUGCUGCCCCUGGAGCGAGUGUACCAGGAGAUUGCCAUACUGAAGAAGCUGGACCAUGUGAAUGUGGUCAAGCUGAUUGAGGUUUUGGAUGACCCAGCUGAGGACAAUCUCUAUUUGGUGUUUGACCUCCUGAGAAAGGGGCCGGUCAUGGAGGUACCCAGCGACAAGCCCUUCCCGGAGGAGCAAGCUCGUCUCUACCUGCGGGACAUCAUCCUAGGCCUUGAGUACUUGCACUACCAGAAGAUCAUCCACCGGGACAUCAAGCCAUCCAACCUGCUCCUGGGAGAUGACGAGCAUGUGAAAAUUGCUGACUUUGGCGUUAGCAACCAGUUUGAGGGCAACGAUGCUCAGCUGUCCAGCACAGCCGGGACUCCAGCAUUCAUGGCCCCUGAAGCCAUUUCUGAUUCUGGCCAGAGCUUCAGUGGGAAGGCCUUGGAUGUGUGGGCCACCGGGGUCACGUUAUACUGCUUUGUCUACGGCAAGUGCCCAUUCAUCGAUGAUUACAUCCUGGCCCUGCAUAGGAAGAUCAAGAAUGAGGCCGUGGUGUUUCCUGAGGACUACAAGGCCUUUCUCGAUUGCACCCCCCAUGUCCUCAGGAUAAAGCCCCUGCUUUCAGCCUGGCACCCCAGACCCCUCAUGAUCCUGGUUAAGUCCAUGCUGAGAAAGCGUUCCUUUGGGAACCCAUUUGAGCCCCAAGCUCGGAGGGAAGAGCGAUCUAUGUCUGCUCCAGGAAACUUACUGUCGAAAGACAGGUGUGGUGAAGGGGGCAAGAGCCUGGAGCUCCCCGGCGUCCAAGAAGAUGAGGCUGCAUCCUGAGCCCCUGCAUGCGCCCAGGGCCACCGGCAGCACGCUCAUCCCACGCCUCCAAAGGCCCACUGCCCUCAUGCCGACAGCCGCCCCUGCGGGCAGGGGGUUGAGGACUGUGGCCCCUCUUCCGGCCCUCCUCCUUCUGUCAUGCUGCAUGACCUCAGCGCACAAGUCCAGGGACAGGAUUGGAACGUUCGUCAUCUGGGGUUUGGGGGCAGGGCUCCCAUGAGGCCUUUCUCCUCGUCCUGGCUCUCCCUCGGGGGGACCCAUCCUGUGGGAAAGAGAGGUACCUGUGGUGCCUUAGAAACCCCACCUGGCUCGCUGGCAAGGCAGGAGGUAGGAAACCAAGCUAGCGGGUGGAGGCCUUUGUUUACCACCACGGCAGAGACCUCCUACUGGGAGUCAGGCAGGCCUGGCUCAGUUGUCUCAUGCACAUGGAGGGCUGGACCUUGCCCACCUCAGGGGUUCCUGCAAGAGCUCUUGUCUACUGAGAAUGCUGAUAGGGAGGCUCCGAGCCCUCAGGGGGGUAUUCCUGGGCCUCACUGAGGCAGGGGCCAGCAGUAGAGGAUUCAGAUUCCUUUUUUUGUUGUCUCUUACUUUUAACAUUGUGGUGGGAGUGUGGUGGUGUGUAAAGGCCUCCUUGGGAACAUCUAGAAAGCUCUCCCACAGCUUUGGGUGGUCCCCAGCACACUCACCAUUAUUUGGCAGCCAGGUGGGGUGGACUGACUUUCCUUGAUUGUUUCACACUCGGUGCCAUCUGGAGAAUGGGUUAAAUGAAAGCUCUGGGCAGAGGCCUGAGCCAGGAGCACCCACCUUGCCUGCCCACUUUACUCCCUCCCUGCAUGGCUCCCGUGUAGAAGAGACACCAGGCGCAGGCCCGACCAACAGCUCUGGACUCAACAGGGCUGUGGCCUUGCAGAUGCUGAAGUAACUGGAAUCCAACCUCUGAUCCUACACUGGCCUGCCCAUCUGGCCCCAGAAGCUGCCCUCACAUUCCUACAACGAAGGACAAACUGCCCGGGUUGGAGGCAGCACUGGAAGUGGGACCCUGGUGGGGUGUGCGUGCUGGCAAGUGGCCACACUGCCACUGCCUCACCCCCAAGACAGUUGACAUUCGGCCGGCACAGAGCUGCUGUGCUGGAGCGAGUGUGUGCACCUGGCCAUGCUGGGGCCGACUUGAUCUUCUCCCUGGAAUCUGUGCCUGGCUGGCUUGGCGCUGACUGACCAAAUCCUCAAGAGAUUGACCCCCAGAGGAAAAUAAAACAGGCCUCAGAUGCCUCCCCUGGAAA